AUGUUUGGAGGAGGGGUUGAGGAAGCGAAGCGGAGCUACAGAUUCUUUUAUGAUAGGAGACACUCUGCUCGUCCUCUGCCUGAGCUGUACCCGGGCCAGACUGUCAGAGUCAAACUGGAUGAUGAAAAGAAGUGGAAAACACCGGCUACAGUAGUAGAGCGUUCCCCGGAGCCAAGGGUGCCGGCCUGCUGUGCGGAGUCUCAGGAGGGAUGUGCGGGGUCCCAGAUGGGUCGUGGAGGGUCUCAGGAGACCAGAAAACUGACUAAAGCAGAGCGCCAGAGGUUCAGUGAAGAGGUAGAGAUGCUAAAAGGUCUGCAGCAUCCGAACAUUGUCAGAUUUUAUGAUUCCUGGAAGACCAUGGUGAAGGGUCAGAUCUGCAUUGUCCUGGUUACAGAGCUCAUGACAUCUGGAACUUUGAAGACCUACUUGAAGAGGUUCAAGGAGAUGAAACUCAAAGUAUUGCAAAGGUGGAGUCGUCAAAUUUUGAAGGGUCUGCACUUUCUCCAUACCCGCUGUCCUCCCAUCAUACAUCGUGACCUUAAAUGUGACAACAUCUUCAUCACUGGGCCCACUGGCUUUGUUAAAAUUGGGGACCUGGGUCUGGCCACCUUAAAAAGUGCCUCCUUUGCAAAGAGCGUCAUAGGUACACCUGAGUUCAUGGCUCCAGAGAUGUAUGAGGAGAAGUAUGAUGAAGCAGUAGACGUCUAUGCCUUUGGGAUGUGUAUGCUGGAGAUGGCCACUUCUGAAUAUCCAUACUCGGAAUGCCAGAAUGCUGCCCAAAUAUACCGCAAAGUGACCUCAGGCAUGAAGCCAGACAGCUUCUUUAAAGUUAAAGUUCCUGAGCUUAAGGAGAUCAUUGAGGGCUGUAUACGAAUGAACAAAAAUGAAAGGUAUACCAUCCAGGAUCUGCUGGAACACUCCUUCUUUCAGGAAGAUACUGGAGUUCAUGUUGAACUUGCAGAAGAAGAUGAUGGCGUCAAACCAGCCUUGAAACUUUGGUUAAGGAUGGAUGACACAAAAAAGCUCCAUGGCAAAUACAAAGACAACAAUGCUAUUGAGUUUCUCUUUGAGCUUUACAAAGAUAUUGCAGAGGAGGUAGCUCAGGAGAUGGUGGUACUUAAUUUUGUCUGUGAAGCCGACUACAAAAUUGUGGCAAAGGCUAUUCGAGACCGUGUGUUGGCAAUAAAAAGGAAACGAGAAAAGCUGAGACGUGCCCAAGAGGAGCUAAAGAGAAAAGCGGAUGAGAAGCAACAAAAUCUCUUUAAACUACUUGAGCAGCUGAGAGAUCCUCAGAGCACCACUGCUUCUCCCACUCCUGAUGCCACCCCUGGAGCUACCUCUCUACCAUCAAACUCAGACUCUGCUGAAUCUUUAAGCAGUGGCACAUUUCUGCCUGAACCAGAGGAACCAGAAGCUGAUCAGCAUCGUGUGUUUAACUUUAGACAAACAUGUUACUCAUCUGCUACAUCGGACUGUGAGACAGAUGAGUACUUUAGUUCUUCUGGUUUGAUGGAUCCAGUGGACAUUUCUCUGAAGCAUACAAGUGAUGCCUCUCUAGAGGAUCUUUAUAGCCCCCCGAGCACCCAGCCGGAGAUAUGUUUCCCUGGGAGCAUUGCCAUCAGUGUGAACUCAGACUGCUUAGUUCCACUUGGAAUUCCCAGUGACAUCACCUCUCCUGUGGACAGUUAUGCAUCAGAGGCCUCAGGGCUGAGUGAUGGCUGUGAAAGCCUAUCAGCAGGAGAACAUAGUGCUAAAUCGCCUGUGAAGAAGACACCUGGAAAACUUCUGCGACGCAAAGCAAGAUCCAGGCUGCGUAUUAUCAACAUCUCAGAUAAGAGUGAUCGAGUUGUAGAGUGCCAGCUGCAGACCUACAAUGGUAAAAUGGUCACAUUCAGGUUCGAUUUAGAUGGAGACAAUCCAGAAGAUAUUGCAGCAGUUAUGGUGAACAAUGAGUUCAUAAUGCAGUCAGAAAGAGGAAGCUUUACCAACAGGAUUAAGGACAUAAUCCAACGUGUAGAGGCUUUGCUGAAGAAAGAGGCCAGUGGAGACAGAGAAGAUGAGGGAGAUGGAUUGGUUACAGGGGAAAGCAUGUCCCCUCCUGAUUUUCAGACUGACCUUCAACUUCAGGAAUUAUCUCGUUCCUUCUCCUGCUCAUCUCUCAGUGAUUUGGCAUGUACGAGUCCAAGCAAAGAAACUGUCUCCCCAAGCCACUUCAACAAAGGUAGCCACAUGUUGGACGAUGAUGCAUUUGUUACAUCAGCACCUGUUAUGAGUGCUCCAGAUCUUCGACCCAAAUCCAUCCUGCCAGCCAUGACCAUAGGUUCUCCAGUGGCUGCAAAUAGAACCUGGCCUUCUUUUGAAACUACAUCUAGUCCUGCUGUACCUUUUUCAACAAGCUUUUCCAUGCCAUCUUCCCACACCUUCCCACCAACAGCUUUCAGUUCAGUGCAUAGCAGUAACUACCUCUCCUCCCUACCACCACAUAUGAUGCCUUCAUCUUCAGUAGGACAUGAGAACUCUCCAAAUACCUUUCUUCCCAGCAUGAUGACUCCACAUGUUAGUCAUGGAAAUACCUUGCAACAAAUGAUGCAAAAUGGAAUGGUGUCACAAACUAUGAAUAGUGCUUUAGUUUCUAAUGUCCCAGCAGCCACCCAGUGGUCUCCAACCACACCCAUGUUUUCCCUGGCUAAUGUCUUAUCUCUGGCUAUGAGCAUGGCUCAAACUUUGUUACCAGUGGCAUCAGCAGCUACCACACAGCCUCAAGGAAUCCAUCAAGGAGGAACCAUCUUUCCCCAGCCAAUGUCUGGACAUGUUCAGCCUCCUUUGGUGUAUCCUUCAAGUUACUCUCAACCUCAAAGUCCAGUCAAUGACUUUCAAGGCCAGUGCCCUUAUGUAUAUCCUGGAUCUACCAAUAGCAGUGGAAUGUUUCUUCAAAAUAUGCCAGGGCAAACUUUUUCUAAUGUGGAGGGCACAUUUUCUCAGGCCUUUGUGACCCCAGAUUCAGUACCAGACAGCAGAAUGUUUCUUCAACAAAUGCCACCUACCAGCAUACCAGAAUACACUAUGAAGCCUCCCCAACAGAUUGAAAUUCCAUUUUCUCCUGGGAUUGUGACGAACUUACCAGAACUGCAGCCAGGUAUAGAAAGCUUCAGUGAGACAUCUUCAUCUUCUACUGGAAAUCAGAGUUUGGAAACUGCUGGAUGUGUGGUGGGAAAGACCAUGAACCAAUCUGUAAGCAUAAGCUUUUAAUAUGUGAGGUGGUAUCAGACAUAAUUUCUGGACCUAAGUCCUGCAGUUGUGUGAAAAAAGGGUCAGUUC